AUGGAAGUUGCGUGGAGCCAGCUUCGAGAGGAGGCACGGCGGCUCGAGCAGGAGAUUGGCCGGUCAGGGCGCGAGCAUCACUCGCUGAACAGCAGGUGUGACGUGUGGAGCGCUAUCCGUGUGCACGGUAUCCCGUCCGAGCACCGCGAGUGGGCCUGGCCCAUUCUGUUAUACGAACAGAGCAUAAGGCUACAGCGACAGAGCGAAGGCAGUGCCAGCUACAAACAAAUACUGAACGGGAUAAAAGACGAGGAGAUACUAGAGAAGGCUGAUGUUAGUACAAGCACCUCGUUGGAUCAAGCCCAAGAAGAGGCAAUGGAGCGAUUCGACCACCUGAAUCCCUUUCAGGAGCGCAAAAUUCGGCGUAUCUUGCUGGCUUACAUCAAGCCAAAAGACGCUUUUUACUACUGCCACGGCAUGGUAGAGUCGUGUGUCGUGCUAAGUACGUUUUUGGCCGAGGAAGAUGCUUUCUGGAGCUUUCGACUGCUGCUGGAAGUACUGCUGCCCAAAUACUUCGACGAGUCGGUUGUGGACUUCCACACGGACUGUCUCGUACUGCAGGAGUUGUUACGCGUGCAUGAUCUGGCGCUUAGCGAACACUUUGCAGUUAUGGGGGUGUCGAUCCAGCUGCUUUGCACAAAGUGGUUCUUCUCGUUCUUUGCCGAAUCCAUGCCGUUUGACGUUGUCUGCCGCCUGUACGAUAUCAUGUUUGUGGACAUUUGCCGUCGUUGCCUCAGCUCGAAGAUUAUAUUUUCGACAUCGCUGGCGGUGUUGUUGUAUUUGAGCUCAGCGCUUGUGGAGAUUCACGAUGUAAACGUGGUGCUCGAGGUAAUUAACGAAUUUUGCUGGACAAUGCUGAAUGAGUACUCUGUAGCCGAAUCAUUUCUCGAUCUUAUCGGAUUCAUCCACGAACAAAUUGACGACAACGAGCUGGCAACACUGCGCCAUAAGUAUCGAUCACAGCUAGCGCAGGAAGAAGAGCAGCGGAAAACAUUGCAGCAUAAACUUCACACGAAGAAAAGCAGCAGAAAGCUUGAUGUGGAGAAACCCGAAUCUUGCGAUAAACAAGAGCAACCGCGCAAAGGCAGAACAUACAGCGUUGAGUUGCUCAUCCAGUGGAAAAGGCAUAUGGUUGAUGAGUCCGAUGCUUCAAGACAUCAGGCAAAGAGGAGACAUAGCACUAGGGUAAGCAACAGCGACUCCAGCGAUAUUAAGCAACAGUAUGGCUACAAAGACAAGGCUUACAACUACGAAUUGGAGAACUCGUCUUCCAGCAGCGAUGGAGACCGUUGUGGUGUAGAUGAUGGAGAAGCAGGACUUGAAAUUGUAACGACACCAUCCGAAAAAGAAGUAUUAGCCAAAGUGUACCAAGGGAUCAACAAGAUUAAUCGCCGGCGGUUACGUACGAACUCAUCAAUGCGAAAUUAUUCGUUGUCAGGUGCCGACACGCUCAGCUCGAUCCCAUCUCGAAGCCUGUCUCUGUCGAGCUCGGUUCUUAGCAAUUCAUCUUCCACAAAAGAUAGUGACGAUGUGAGCCAAGCUGGUGACACAAGUUCAGAAGACAAGUGUGCACUGUGGGCACGUUUACAGAUAUCAGGCAUUCCGGAGGCUGUCGUUCGCCACAGUAUGGGUGGUGUACCCGACGUACACCGAUCGUGGGUGUGGCCAAUUCUUAUCAACCAGCUUCCCGCACCGCGAAAUCUUCCUCGAAAUCUUGCGAACAUAAAGAGCGAAGACGACGAGGCGCUUUUAGACCGGGAAAUUGCUAAAUCUAUCGAAAAUGACAUAACGAGGACGCGGAAAUUGCGAAAAGAUCAAACAGUUCCAAUGCGAAGAGUCCUCACCGCAUUUGCCAAUCGUAAUCGCCGCGUGGGGUACUGCCAAGGUAUGAACGAAAUAUUGGUGGUGCUGUUGCAGUACUUGGAUGAAGACCAGGCACUUCGGGGACUCACCUUGUUGAUCGAAGUGUUGCUUCCUGCUUACCACGUUGACUCGAUGAUUGGACUGCAUACUGACUGCGCGGUCAUGAACACAUUGCUGCGUCAGAACGACCCCGAGCUACAUGCUCACCUGAACGAACUCGGGCUGAACAUGGAGAUUCUUUGUACAAAGUGGCUCGUGACGUGCUUUCUUACAUCGCUUCCAUCGUUUUGCGGGCUCAAGGUGAUUGAUAUGCUACUGGCACGUACAAAGGAGAAGCAGCGUGCAUCACGUGUGCUUCUUGGGGUUGGCAUGUCGAUUUUUUUUACCCUCCGAGAAGUUCUGUUGGAUGCUAAGGACGCAGGUGAGGUGCUGCUGGCAAUCAAUGAGUAUUUUGCGCGAGAAAUGACAAAGACGACGGUUGAGAUGGAUAAGUUCCUUCACUUUUGCCUGAUUAUAAUGGAUCAACUGGAGCCUGACAUUGUUGAGGAAUUCCGUUUGAUUCACAAAGACGAAGUGAUGGAGCGGUUUGCUGCGUUUGAGGCUAAGAAGAUUGAAAUGCGCCAACAACUUGAGGAAGCGAAAGCAAAGCAGCGAAGAACAGCAAGUGCGCCGCCGUCACCUUCAAAAUCCGAGCGUUUAUCUACGUUGUCGGCAUCGAGUAUAAUAUCAGGCAAGUCCAACAGCCAUAAUCGGAUGUCGGGGUUGUCUUCGUAUAUUAGCAACCCUUUGCGUACAAGUGGAGGCAGUAAGACAAUUACACCAAGCGCUGGGGACAACAAAGAUAAACGCAAGCGCUACCAGCGAGUAGAUGUCAUACAAGCGCAUCACAGCUUUGGCGAGGACUUGGAGAAAAUGGAAGACCAGCUGGAGGAUUUGGCGAGUUUGUUUCUCCGUGGGAAGAUCGACGAAAAGGAGCAUUCUUGUAUUCGUGCGCAAAUUGUGCGCAAGUGGUGCAAGGGCAUGAACUCACCACAAUCUGCGAUGGUUCGAGUGCAGUCGGUCAAACAUCAGUACAAUGAACGCAGCAUCGGCAAAGACGAUACAAACAGUGCACCUGGUUUGCUAGAGGAUCCGAUGCAAGGCAGUUUAACCAACGAGGCGGAAGUAAUGGUUCGUGGGCGAAAAGGGUCGGUCUCUCUUUACGGACGCAUGAAGCAAGCACAGAAAAGUGCGCUUGCCAUAUUUAAGUCCACCUUCGAGUGA